AGUUGCGGAAGAUGACGUGUUAUUUGUGAGCCGCGUUUUGUUGUGUUUAUGAACACCGGGCGCUGCAGUCGUGGAGUACAUCACGGUGAUCCUUGUAAAGCUCAUCAGUCGGUGAAUAAGGCGGAGGAUGUCUGGUGCAGCCCUACGUUUGAUCCGCUGUCGGAGACUGAGCACAACUGGGCCACCUGGAGUGAGGAAAGUGCUUCAGUGGAAAGAUUUAAUGAAGUUUGCUAAAGUAACUGGUGCAGUUGUCUCUGGGGGCUGUCUUUUUAUCACAUAUGAAGUGGUGGCCUUGAACAAGGCUGUGACCAUUGACACUAGUGCAAUUCUUCAGGAGAAGUACAAGUCUUACGUCUAUCUGAGAGCCACUCCCUCAGAUGAAAAGGAGAACCUUACUGCAGGGCUUACAUAUAAAGCAAGGAAGGAACUUCAUAAAGCUGCAAGACGGUUUCUGGAAAUAUCAUCCAGGGUUUUGCUGCGAUCACUAGACGAGCACUUCAGCCAUGUUGAUGCAGACCCACAUGAAGUGGCAUUAUGGGUCUUACUGAAAAGGACAAUGUCAGCCAAUAAAGCCAUCAGACUACAGGCUGUUCAGGAGCUUGCAGAAAAUCGCCACUGGCAAGACUACCAGUACCAGACAGCAGCCCAGGUUAUAGACCAGCGAACAGCAGUGGGCCUGGCCCGGACUCCUCAGGUAGACAUUCGAUUCUUCCUGCGCUCACCUGCACUGCCUGACCUGGAAGAUGGUUUGUCAGCAGAGGACGGACUGCGGCAGCUGCUGGCAUCUCUGCCUCAGUCUGAGGUGGACAAAUGUGUUCAGUACUUCACUUCACUGGCCCUCAGAGAGAGCACCCAGUCUUUGGCAGCACAACGGGGUGGUCUGUGGUGUUUUGGAGGUAACGGGCUGCCUUACGCUCAGAGCCUCACCUCUGUUCCCUCUGAGAAGGUGGAAUCCUUCUGCCUACAAGCACUGGUACAGCACUCCAAGGUCCAGAGCCACUGUGACCACAUAGUUGCCAAUGGGGGUCUGCAGCUCCUCCAGAGGGUUUAUCAGCUUCGUAGAGACUCCCUGAAGAUUCAGAGGAACAUUGUUCGUAUCAUAGGAAAUUUGGCGCUCAAUGAGAGUGUUCACCAGGCCAUUUCACAGUCUGGCUGGAUUUCUGUCCUUGCUGAGAUGAUGCAGUCUCCUCAUGUCAUGCAGGCGUCUCAUGCAGCCCGCGCUUUGGCCAACCUGGAUAGGGAGACAGUGAAAGAGAAAUACCAAGAUGGCGUUUACAUACUCCACCCACAAACACGUGGCAACCAGCCAAUCAAAGCAGAUGUGCUUUUCAUCCAUGGCAUUCUUGGGGCAGCUUUUAAGACGUGGAGGCAGAAGGACCGCAACAUGUUAGAAGAGGAGAAGGAGGAAGAAAGCAGGGAUGACUACACAGAGUGUUGGCCAAAGUCAUGGUUGGCUGCUGACUGUCCAAAUCUAAGAGUACUGUCAGUGGAGUAUGACAGUCACCUCAGUGACUGGAUGGCCAAGUGUCCCGUAGAGAAUCAGAGGAAGUCCUUGGCCUACAGAAGUCAAGAGCUGCUAAAGAAGUUAAAGCUGGCAGGAGUCGGAGAGAGGCCUGUGGUCUGGGUAGCCCACAGUAUGGGAGGAUUGCUUGUGAAGAAAAUGCUGCUGGAUGCCUCAGAGGACCCAGAUAUGCAUGGACUGUUAAAUAACACCAAGGGCAUUAUGUUCUACAGUGUUCCUCACCAUGGCACCUUUAUGGCAGAGUACUCAGUCAAUGUCAGAUAUCUCCUCUUUCCAUCAAUAGAAGUCAGAGAACUUUGUAAAGACUCACCAGCACUGCGCAACCUGAAUGAGAACUUCCUGAACAUGGCCAAAGAAAAGGAAUUCAAGGUGCUGAGCUUUGCAGAGAAGCUGCCAACAAACAUUGGUCCCAUGAUCAAGAUACUGGUGGUACCAGCGCAGUCAGCAAAUCUUGGCAUUGGGGAGCUCAUCGAGGUGGAUGUAGAUCAUCUCAACAUCUGCAAGCCAGAGAAGAAGGAAUCAUUUCUGUACAAGCGCAGCCUCCAGUUCAUCGUGGAAGCUCUGCAGAGCUACAUCAGCCACUGACUGAAACACAUGAACAGAAACACACUGAUAAAACCUACUUUUUACUUGAAAGGGGGAUAGCACUGAUAACCCCCACCCCCAAAACCAAAUGGAAACAUAACUGCCUCUCCUCAUUGCACAUUAACAUAAACAUCCACUAAUGUGAUCAUAGUAUAGUUAGGAAAACAAAUAUAUUUUACACACUGGUUUCUGUGAAGAAUUGUCAGUUGUGAGGAAAAGAACAUUGUUUACUUUGUUCUCCUAGCCAUCCUCUUGGAUUGGUCUCUCUCAUGAGUGAGUUGAGAUUUUAAUUAUUUUAGAUUUUACUAUCUGACAAUUUUUUCCAUUUCAAGUUUGACUUACCAGUUUAACAUAGGGCAUAUAAUGCUCAGACAUGAUUUACUUAAAGAUGCACUGAUAUGUCUUUGCCACUCCUGCUCCUCAGUAUUUUUGACCAGAGUUGUUUAAGAUUUUAUUUUUUAAAUUAAUGUAUUUUACUCUAACCCAGUACGACAACCAUAUCAUCUGCCAAAACAGAUUCCUUCCUGAACUUAAACCCAAGUGGACCUGUGUUAAUAUUAGUUCAGGUUGCUAUAUUUAUUCAUUUAUAGGGGACUAAUCGAGCAAUUGGUUUUGAAUCUCCAUGUGUUUGUAGUCCGAACUGCCACUACAACGCUGACAAUGAAUAAAUGUAUGAAGCUGGAGUGAGUCAAA